AUGUCGUUCCUACCCAUCCUUGACUACGGUGUAACACCUGCAGCCACCACCUCUAACGGUGAUGGUAACCCUAUUACCAGUGACCCUAGCAGCAGUGAUGUGAGUAACACGGCAGCGGGUUCCUCUGGUUCUGUCGGCGGUAGUGAUCCACCCUCUCGGGCAAGCUCUGGGGGACAGGGCGCAAUGUCGGGCGGGGAAGGCGGAACCGCAGGCGCGGGAGGCGCAAAAGCGGAUGGCGCGGAGAAGCUGAAGAAAAAGGCUUCAAAAGCGGGGAGCAGCGGAGCAGGCGGAAAGAAAUCCGCGGGUAAAGCGGCGGCGAAGGGGGAGGGGAAGGCGGAGGGGAAGAAGGCAGGGAAGGGGAAGGCGGGGACGGGGAAAGGGGCGGGGAAAGCGGCGGGAACGGGCGCCUCGUCUUCCGGCGCCUCUUCUUCCGCAGCCGGCGCGGCUGCAGCGGCGCGGGAGAAGGAGGAGCGGAUGAAAGCGGCGAAGGCACAGGCCGAGGCGCACGCCGCCGCGCUCGAGGCGCAUCGAUCCGCCGUCUUUAAACUGCAGGCGCUGCUGAUCCGCGACGUGUACUCUAACGGGACUGAUCCUUUCGAUUUUGUCACACCAUCGUUCGACGUGCGAGCAAGCCAAUUAGCAGCGGCGUGCAGAUUGCUCGGCAGAAGCGAGUACGAUGCUAUAGUGGAGGAACGUGCUAUAGGGGGGUUUUGUGGUAACCCGCUUUGCAACCAAGUGUUACAAGCUCGUGCUGUGUGUAUGCGCACCAAUGGUAGUGUAGCUCUCUCGCUCCCGGAGCAUCGAGAGUUGCUCUAUAAAGAGGAUUUGCAGGCGGUUUUAGAUGCAGCAGGAGUGGGAGGGGGUGAGGGGGUGGGCGAGUGGGUGGGGGAUCGUAGUACGGCUGUGAGGACGGAGGUGAAGAAAGAGGGUGGGAGAAGUAGUAUGAGCAGCGUUGGUAGCACGACCACCAACACUGCAGCAGCAGCAGCAGCAGCAGCAGCAGCAGCAGCAGCAGCAGCAGCAGCAGCAGCAGCAGCAGCAGCAGCAGCAGCAGCAGCAGCAGCAGCAGCAGCAGCAGCAGCAGCAGCAGCAGCAGCAGCAGCAGCAGCAGCAGCAGCAGCAGCAGCAGCAGCAGCAGCAGCAGCAGCAGCAGCAGCAGCAGCAGCAACAGCAGCAGCAGCAGCAGCAGCAGCAGCAGCAACAGCAGCAACAGCAGCAACAGCAGCAACAGCAGCAGCAGAGGCGAGAAGCCUGGCAGUGGCUCAGGCGGAGGAGGGGAGGGGUAGAGGCGAGGAGGAGAGGGGGGGAGUCGGGAAGGGGAAGAAGCAGCGAGCGGUGAGAGAGGGGGCAGUAAGGGAGGGGAGCAGUGGGGAGGUUGAUAGUAGCGAGUCUGGGGUGGGGGGGAGGGAAGGUUGGGGCGCCGAGGGAGGGGCAGAGGCAGCAGCAGCGGGUCGCUGUGGAUGGCUGGAGGCUCCUCCCCCGGGCUUUAAGAUGCAGCUCCCCUUCCACUGCACUCUCCUCAUGGCGCUCCAAGAGUGGGUCACUGCAGACUCGCUUUGUCUAAUCUACCCACCACAUCCACCGCAGCAGGCAGCACAACCAGCACUGCAGCAAUCACCAUGUGUGAAUGCAAGCCUGGAAGCGAACGGGUGGGAGUACCCAACUCUCCAGGGGUCCGUGAAUGAUGCUGCCAGAGCAGCUGAGAUCCGAAGGACUCUGGGGGAUGGUCUGGGGAGGGAGACGGCAGGCAUGGUGGAAAGCUUGGGGCUGCUGCUGCCACUGUCGACCGUGGAACACGCACUGACUCGUCUGCUCGGGACCUUUGCAUUCCGCUCGCCCCUCCCCUCUCUCCGUCGCCCCCACUGGCAACUGCUGCUUCUGCUAUUGCUCGAGGCCCUGUCGGCCAACUGCCUGCCUUCUGCUGCUUCCAAUGCACUCAACACCCACCGGCAUCAAGUAUACAAGGUGGCAGCAGCAGCAGGUGUGGACAGGGACAACUACCUCUUGCUCAGGCAGAUGCUGCUUCCCAGGGGGCCUUCGGUUCGCAACCCUAACCAAAACACAAACGCUGCUGCUUAG